CGUUCUGCUCCUCCCCGUUAGCAGCAUGGCCGCCCUCACACCGCCCCGCUCCUGUGACACCUUCGUGGCGCUGCCGCCCGCCGCUGUCAGGGGCCGGGUGGUGUUCGGGAAGAACUCGGACCGGCCGUCGGACGAGGUGCAGGAGGUGCUGUACGUCCCGGCCGCCUCGCACCCGGCCGGCGCACAGCUGGAGUGCACCUACAUCACGGUUGAGCAAGUGGAGCGAACCCACGCCGUGGUCCUGAGCCGCCCGUCAUGGCUGUGGGGCGCGGAGAUGGGCGCCAACGAGCACGGGGUGUGCAUCGGGAACGAGGCCGUGUGGGGCCGAGAGGAGGUGUGCGAUGCCGAGGCGCUCCUGGGCAUGGAUCUCGUAAGGCUUGGACUCGAGAGAGCGGACACAGCUGAAAAGGCUCUUACUGUCAUAGUUGAUUUGCUAGAAAAAUAUGGCCAGGGAGGAAACUGCAUGGAGAGCCACAUGGCCUUUACGUACCAUAACAGCUUUCUGAUAGCUGACAGAAAGGAAGCGUGGGUGCUGGAGACAUCAGGAAAACAUUGGGCAGCGGAAAAAGUAGAAGGAGGCGUGCGGAAUAUUUCCAACCAGCUCUCCAUCACAACCAAGAUUGACAGAGAGCAUCCGGAGCUGAAGGAAUAUGCCAAAAGCAAGGGUUGGUGGGAUGGGGAAAAGGAAUUUGAUUUUGCUGCCACGUAUUCUUAUGUCAACACUGCCAGAAUGACUACAUCCAGAAGCCGCUAUUGUGAAGGCUAUAAACUUCUAAACAAACACAAAGGCGCUAUCACUUCUGAAACAAUGAUGGAAAUUCUUCGUGACAAAGAGAGUGGCAUUAAUAUGGAAGGUGGUUUUAUGACAACUGGAAGCAUGGUGUCCGUGUUGCCUCAGGACCCUAAUCUGCCAUGCAUUCACUUCUUUACGGGAACUCCAGACCCUGCAAGGUCUGUGUUCAAGCCUUUCAUUUUUGUGCCCGGAAUUACUGAGUUAUUAAAAACUAGCUCCCCUACAUUUGGUCCUGAUGAUCCAGUCAAGAAGAAACCACGUUUUCAGAGUAAGCCAGAUCGAAGACACGAGCUCUAUAAAAAACAUGAAAGUGCUGCUGUAGUUAUGGAAACUAUGAAGGGCAAAGGUAAAGAAAUGCUGGAAGAGAUACAAGCCCUGGAGAAAAGGAAGAUGAGUGAAAUGGAAUCAAUUCUGCAAAAUGGAUGUCCUGACAUGAACCAACUAGUUAACCUCUUUCCACAGUGUGUAGAUGAAGAACUCAAAGUAUAUGGUUAAAAUUACUGUUUGAAUGGAUUGCUUGUAUAUUUACCUCUUCUCAUGGAGUGGCUCUAUAGAUUACCUCCUAUUUUCAAUAUACCAGUUAUCUAGUACGGAAAGUUUUAAAGAUGAAGAUUUCUAUUCAGGCCAAACAGCUUUUGGUUGUAGGAAGCAAUGCAGAAAAGCCUCUUUAGAGCUAGACAGUACCUUUGUAUCUGGCAAAAAGCUGUCAAGAUAUGCCAACAAACGGAUGCAAUUAGAAUCCAGUAGCUUGAUUGAGUUGCAGAACAGCCCCAUGUUACGCACGUAUAACUUUUACAGUCAAAAUAACAAUUGCAGCAGAAUUUUUCCUUGCCUGAAUUUAGAUGGCUGGGCUGGAAGACUUGCUAAAGUAUAGGAAGUAUUGCUUUCACUGAAUAAAAAGGAAAGUGGUAUGCACAUUAAGACAGAUUGAUGUUCAGCUCUUUGAUAAAUACUCUCUAAGGUACAUUUCCUAUAUUCUACUCCUUUAACAUGGGGUGAGGCUAUGAACUUAAACUAUGCUGAAUCCAGAUCAUAACUUUAUCAUGAUUUGUUGUGAAAUCUGAUUACUUGAAAUUCAACAUCUUGCAAGUUACUACACAAUUUUCACUUCCCAAUUUUCACUUCCCUAUUUUUCCCACCGAUACCAAAAAAUAAUUUAUUUGCACACAAUAGAAUUAUUUUAAAUUAAUUCUGGUGAUCAAGCUGUGACACUACUUUUACUAACCAUAGUGAGGGAUAAAGCGAGGAAAAAAAGGAGGAAGGUUCUGACUUUGCUACAUGAUCAAGCAGGAUGAAAACUACAAGCCAAAAGGAAAAAAAUCUCAGCACUUCCGUGGACCUUCAGAAACGAACACUUAAAACGAAAUGGAGCUUUGAAACUACAGUGGUAGUAGGUGACAAGAUGCAGUAACCCCCACCCAAUGAUCUCCUAUUCUGGAGAUCAUAUAUUGACUGGGUGGCAAUAACAAGUAAAACUGUCGAAGAAAGUACGCUUGAGUCAACUGUGAACCAUUUGUGCAUGUUUUAACCAUCAUCAUUUCUUAGAAAUUCAAUAGUACAGUGUAUGUUUCUGAACUAGAUGGUAUAUUUAAUAAAAAUAUGCUGUAUUUACCUGUUUUCCUCA